UAAUGAUAAAUCAUAAGUUAUAAGUAGUUUUCUGUUUUUUUAUUGAUUUCCUGAACAUUUGUAUCAGUUAUAAUGUUAUUUAACAGCAUCUGCCGUUGUGGAUUUUUUAUUUUAUAAUGGGAUCAGUGAGUAUCUAGACCUUGAAGUAUAAAGCUGAUUGUUCAAAAUAGUAAAAUGGAGCCAGCAAAAUCUUUUUUGGAUCUUGGUCUACACGAAUGGCUGAUAAAGCAGUGUGAAAUUGUUGGACUGAAAAAACCUACUCCCGUUCAAGAACAGUGUAUUCCGGCGAUUUUAGCAGGCCGCGACUGCAUUGGCUGUGCCAAAACCGGGAGUGGAAAAACCGCCGCCUUUAGUCUUCCUAUCCUUCAGAAACUCUCCGAAGAUCCUUAUGGAAUUUUCGCUGUAGUUUUGACUCCAACCAGAGAACUGGCUCAUCAAAUCCACGAGCAGUUUCGGGCAUUAGGCAAACCGCUAGGAUUGCGAUUAUCGUUAAUAAUCGGCGGAAUGAGUCUGCUGGACCAAGGCGCUGAAUUGUCCCAUAAACCUCAUGUGAUUAUUGCCACACCGGGGCGACUGGCUGACCAUAUAAGGAGUAACACGAGUUUUAACAUGAAGAAAGCUAAAUUUUUGGUUAUGGAUGAAGCGGAUCGCCUGUUGGUCAGCAGCUUCAGUGCUGAUUUAGGACUGAUUCUCGGUAUUUUACCAGAAAAGCGUCAGACUUUGAUGUUCAGUGCCACAAUGAGUGAAACUCUGGAGCAAGUAAAAAGUUCGGCUAUGAGUGAUCCGUUUAUAUUCCGCAUCGAGUCUCGCAUCGCUACCGUGGACGAAUUGGAUCAGAGAUACGUCCUUACGCCUGCGGCUGUUAAGGAUGCCUACCUUGUGAACAUCCUUCAAGAUUUUUUGGAGAAACAUGACAGAUCUUUGAUAAUGGUUUUUGUGAAGACUUGCAAGCUCUGUCAAAUACUUACGCUAGCCCUCCAAGAUCUCGGAUUCAACUGCAACGGAUUACACUCUAUGAUGAAGCAGAAAGAACGUCUUGCCGCACUGGCCCGGUUCAAAUCGCACAGUAUUAAAAUUCUGAUAUCGACGGAUGUCGGCAGCCGCGGCCUGGAUAUUCCCAAAGUUGACCUUGUGGUUAAUCAUAAUGUGCCGACGGUGAGCAAAGACUACAUUCACCGAGUAGGUCGCACUGCGAGAGCCAACAAGCCUGGCCUGGCGAUAUCGCUCGUAACGCAGUUCGAUGUUCGCCUUGUGCAUGCCAUUGAAGAUCUGAUGGGGGUUAAGGUUGCGGAAUAUCCUUUCGACGAAGAACUGGUUCAAGCAUCUUUGAAUGAGGUCGAAUUAGCCGUUAGACAAGCAGGGAUAAAGCUGGAUGAGGAAGAUUUUGAUGAGCGUCGAUUGAUUAACAAAAGAAAAGAUGCUAUUCUACGGGAAUGGGAAGCCGGAGAGGAAGAAAAACCAACACAAACUCUCGGAAACUCUUCAAAGACAAAAAGAAACAAGCAGUUAAAACGUUAAUUAUUAAAAUGGCUAAAACAAACUGAAAUGAAGGUGAAAAACAAAAACGACUAAUCAGUGUUACUGUUCACUGUCUGGCACAGGAAACAAAUGGGUACCAACAACACGAUUAAAUUAUAGACGCGAAGGACUGUAUAAGAAAUCACGGAAGAAGCAACCGAUAUGGACCUCUGUGUGGCGGCCAUAUCAUAUCAAUGAUAUCAUUCACAAGAGCAAAAGAGUUAAAAACUUCUGAUAUUCUGGAUUUACUCUCUGCGCUCCGAUGCCUCCAUUCAUUUUCCACGUCGUUGAACGUUCGUCUCUCGCGUUUCGUGGACUUCUGCUUUCAUGGGCUCAUUCUCAUCUUCAUCAUCGGCCGCCUUGUUUCGUCGCUUCUCGUAGC